AUGUUGUCACAUUCUUCUCAAAAACAAAGCAUUGAUUUAAAUACUCUAGAAGUUGAUCCAGCAAAAAGAACUUCAAUUUUAAAUCAUGAUCCAAAUCUUCGUGAUGAAAUAAGAAGGACAUAUCUUAAACUUGGUCCUUGUCGACCAAAUAUUACAGAAUACCCUCAAUCAUAUAUUGCUAAAGCAAUGCGUCGUUUCAACUCUGAUUGGUAUAAAGCGUAUGAUUGGUUAGAGUAUAGUGAGAGUGCAGAUGCAACAUAUUGUUUACCUUGUUAUUUAUUUAAAGGCAAUAAUAUUCAUCAAGGUGGAGGUGAAGUAUUUUCAACAACGGGAUUUAACAAUUGGCAUAAAAAGAGUAAGUUUGACGAACAUGUUGGUGGACCGAAUAGCGUUCAUAAUCAAGCAAAGAGAAAAUGUGAUGAUCUAAUGCAACAACGACAGUCCAUUCGUGCUGCAUUUGAUAGGCAAUCUGAUCAGAUUAAGCUUGAAUAUUGGACUCGCUUAAAUGCUUCAAUUGAUGUGAUAAGACUUCUCUUGAAUCAAGGAUUACCACUCCGCGGUCAUGAUGAAAGUGAAUCAUCAUUGAACAAAGGUAAUUUUAUUGAAGUUCUUUCCUGGUACAGAGAUAGGUGUGAAAACAUCAAACCUUUCGUGUUAGAAAAUGCUCCAAGAAAUAAUAAAUUGACUUCUCCAGAUAUUCAAAAAGAACUUGUGACUGCAAGUAAGAUAGAAACAUUGAAGUCUAUAAUGGAGGAUCUAAAUGGUGAUUAUUUUGCUCUAUUAGUUGAUGAAUCUUUUGAUGUGUCACGAUUUGUAGUGGAAGCAUUUAUUGGACUUGUUCAUGUUAAAGAUACCAGUGCUUUAUCUCUAAAGAAAACAAUUGUUAAUGUGCUUGCUCAACAUUCAUUAAGUUUAUCUUAUGUACGCGGACAAUGUUAUGAUGGAGCAAGUAAUAUGCAAGGUGAUAUCAAUGGUCUUAAAAUGUUGAUUAAGAAAGAAAGUAAAUCGGCUCAUUCUAUUCAUUGUUUUGCUCAUCAACUUCAACUAACUCUUGUCGUGGUUUCAAAAAAAUGCGUUCAAGUGGGAGAACUUGUGUUAUUGGUUUCAAAUAUUUUGAAUGUGUUGGGAGCUUCUUUUAAACGAAUGGAUGAAUUACGACAAUCUCAAAAAGAUAAUCUUCAAAAUGCAUUAGAUAUGGAUGAAAUAGAAACAGGUAGAGGUUUGAAUCAAGAACUUGGUCUUAUUAGAGCCGAUGCAAAUACUUUAGAUGAAAGAGCUAAAGCAUCAGGAUAUCUUAGAAGUUUUCAAACUUAUGAGGUUGCUUUCAUGUUACAUUUGAUGAAAGAUAUUUUGGGAAUCACUUAUGAUCUUAAUAUAUCACUACAGAAAAGGGAACAAGAUAUUGCAAACGCCAUGAUACUUGUUGAAGUAGCCAAAAAAAGGCUUCAAAAACUAAGAGAUGAUGGAUGGGAGCCACUUAUCAAUAAAAUAUCUAUGUUUUGUAUCAAACAUGACAUCUUGAUACCCAAUUUUGAUGAGCCCUAUUCUAACUCUGGAAGAUCACGGCGUAAAAUUGUUGAUCAUACUGUUUUACAUCAUUUUCAUGUGGAAGUAUUUUAUAAGAUUAUUGAUUGGCAACUUCAAGAACUUAAUGAUCGUUUCAAUGAGGUGACGAGUGAUUUGUUUCAUGGAGUAGCUUGCUUGAAUCCAGUUAAUUCAUUUUCUAGUUUUGACAUCGAAAAAAUAAUGAGAAUGGCUGAAUUAUAUCCUGAUGACUUUGAUCUAUUUAGUAUGGGCGUCCUUCAGAAUCACCUUGCCAAUUACAUUAUCGAUGUACGCGAUACUGAUAAAAGAUUCUCCGAUUUAGGUGGACUUGGUGAACUUUCAAGAAAAUUGGUAGAGACAAAGAAAAACUUAACUUAUCCACUUAUAUUUCGCUUAGUGAAAUUUUCUUUGCUUUUGCCAGUUGCUACUGCAACCGUUGAAAGAGCUUUCUCGGCAAUGAAGUAG